UGCGCGGCCAGGCCAGCGCGGGUGUGCGUCGGCGUCGCUGCCUGCAGAGGGAUUCUGGGUAACGGCCCCGGCUGGCUGGGGCGGCUGGCUGGGUGCAGUAGGUUCCAUUCACGCCAAGUCCGUUGGCAGUGGCGGUUGUAGGGCUGCGGCCAGUUGGACAUGGAACAACCGUGGCCGCCGCCCGGACCCUGGAGCCUCCCUCGGGCAGAGGGUGAGACUGAGGAAGAGAGUGACUUGGAUGUGUCCCCUGGCUCUCCCCGCUGCCCGCCGCUGCCGGGCGGUGGCGCCCAGAUGUAUAGCCAUGGGAUUGAGCUGGCUUGCCAAAAGCAGAAAGAGUUUGUGAAGAGCUCUGUGGCGUGCAAAUGGAAUCUUGCCGAAGCUCAGCAGAAACUUGGUAGCUUAGCACUGCAUAAUUCUGAGUCCUUGGAUCAGGAACAUGCCAAAGCACAAACAGCAGUAUCAGAACUAAGGCAACGAGAAGAAGAGUGGCGACAGAAAGAAGAGGCUUUAGUACAAAGAGAGAGGAUGUGUCUGUGGAACAUGGAUGCCAUUAGCAAGGAUGUUUUUAAUAAGAGUUUUAUUAAUCAAGAUAAAAGAAAAGAAACAGAAGAUGAAGAUAAAUCAAAAUCAUUUAUGCAGAAAUAUGAACAAAAAAUCAGACAUUUUGGUAUGUUGAGUCGAUGGGAUGAUAGUCAGAGGUUUUUGUCUGACCAUCCAUACCUUGUAUGUGAAGAAACUGCUAAAUAUCUUAUUCUAUGGUGUUUUCACCUAGAAGCUGAGCAGAAAGGGGCUCUAAUGGAACAAAUAGCACAUCAAGCUGUUGUAAUGCAAUUUAUUAUGGAAAUGGCCAAAAACUGUAAUGUGGAUCCAAGAGGGUGUUUUCGUUUAUUUUUCCAAAAAGCCAAAGCAGAGGAAGAAGGUUAUUUUGAAGCAUUCAAAAAUGAACUUGAAGCUUUCAAGUCAAGAGUAAGACUUUAUUCUCAAUCACAAAGUUUUCAACCUAUGACAGUUCCUAAUCAUGUUCCCCAUUCUGGUGUUGGAUCUAUAGGUUUAUUAGAAUCCUUACCACAGAAUCCAGAUUAUCUUCAGUAUUCUAUCAAUACAGCUCUCUGCAGUUUAAAUUCAGUGGUACAUAAAGAAGAUGAUGAACCCAAAAUGAUGGACACUGUAUAAUUUGGUUAAGACUGCUGAGGCCAAGUGCUAUUUUGUUACAAGAAAGGAAGAACUUGGCUAUUUUUCUUGACACUUUUAUGGGUGCUGCACUUUAUUUUUGUUCGGUUUUUGAGGGAGGGAAAAAAGAGUACUGAAACGUUUUGUAACUUUUUUUAUGUGCUGCUAGGUUUUUUGUUUUGUUUUGUUUUGUUUUUGAAAGGAGAAGUGGUACCAUAUGUUGCAGGAAGUCAAACUGAACUCUUUUUUUCCCCCUGGGUUGGCUACUAAAUUUGCCUUUAACCUAAUUCUCAAUUUUGGAAUCAAAGUAUGAAAAUCUGCACAAAUGCAAUGUUUACAAGAACUGGCUGAUUCUAGGAGGCAUCUGCUACAUAGUCUCUUUUUAUAUGGAUAUGGAUAUGUCCUAUUCUACAAAAAUAAUUAAAGAUAAAAAUGUACUUGUAUCCCACUGCUAACUUAGCUGUCAAAUCUGGUGUUUCAUCAUAUUAAAAGCAAUAAAUCAGUAGUCGCUAAUCUACUUUACUAAUAAGCUGGGUGGCACAAAUUUUUAAAAGUCGUUCCUUUUAAAAUAAUAAUAUGUAUUUUCGGCACCAUCAGUUAAAUCCUUGACUCUGUUACCCCUCAGUGUAUUCUCAAAGCUGUUCUUUAGAAGUUGAUUUUACUGUUGACUUUCUAAAUACUAAAGAUUGUAGUGAUGAGCUCAUAUAGGGCUUUGUUUUUUUAAAACAAGAUAGACUACAAGCUUACUCAAUUUCUUUACUUGACGUAGUCUGGGAUCUCUCAGGGACUAAGUUUUAAAAGAAUACUAAUGACCUGUAAGAACAAACUGGAAGAACAAUAAUGAUAAAUCUUGUAGAGCUAACUUUCUUAAGCUGCCAACUACUCAUAUCUAAGAAUUUGGUAACCCUUAAUGCUAAUAAUGGCUUUUACUCCACUUGUUAUUCCUCUCUAGUUUAGCUACCAUAGAAUGUUAUUCUUACUACUUCUUGCAUAAUUCACUUCAAAUGUACUAGAAUAUUUGGUGGCUUGUUUUAUUUAGAUUAGAUGACAGUGCUGAUCAUGCUGUCCUUAUUAUUUGAAAAUUUAUCUUCUCACAGGAACAUGAGCUUUGAUUGUAUUUGAGUAUAGUCUUUGGUACCCAUUAAGACCAGUAGCAAACAUUUGGACGCAAACAUGGAAUUGGGAAUACAUGUCUCAAUUCAAGAAACCAAAUAAUGCUAAAGGAUCCAUAUGGGGAUCAGAUCUGUAACCUUGGCCUCAUUUGUAUCUUGUUUUAACUGAGGUGAUUAGGCACUAGUACCCAUAGAAACAGGCUGGAAUUAUUGAAUCCUACUUCUGUAAUGUCACAAUUUUCCUGUUUUUCAGAAUAAGUCUUUUUUGUGCUUUUGAUAUUAUUAUAUACUCUAUAAUAAAAUGUUUGACUAAUUUA